AUGUUGUUACCACAACGCACAUCCGAUCCAGAGCAGGUGGUUGAUUUUAUUACUCAAGAGGAGAAACGUAAAUACAAAGCUGGGAUAAUACUACUCGUAAUAUCGAUCGUGGCAUGGAUUGUUGGGUUGGAGUUGGUCAAUGGAGUGCUCAAAAGUGACGAGUAUAGGAAGCCAAUAUUCUUUGCAGUUAUCACUGGGUCCUGCUUUUCAUUCAAUCUUUUGUACGACUUACUUGAACUCACGAGGAAACCGGUGCUGGAUGAAAACAAGCCUUUGUUGAUUGCUGACAAGCAGGAAGAACAAGAAAGUUCAAUCUUGUCUGCAAAAGAAGUCUUGAUUAUUGCUUUCCAAAUCGCCACAAUUUACCUCUUUUACAACAUCUUUGUCAUGGAAUCACUAAGGUUCACCUCAGCUUCAAAUCAAACCGUGAUUGGGUCCUUGACGUCGGUGUUUACAUUACUAAUUGGGGUCCUUAUCAAAACUGAACGGUUCUCAAAAAUAAAGGUCAUAUGUGUCGCUGUCAGUUGUUGUGGUGUGUUUUUGGUCAAUUUGAGUUCAGUGGGUGACCAAAAUGGGGAGCACAAGUAUACUCCAAAAAAUCCAAAACUCGGAAACAUAUUGGCUUUGGGUGGUGCUUUAUUCUAUGCUUUCUAUUUAUUGAUUAUGAAAUUCAAAUGCGGAGGUGCCAAGACUACGAAUGAGAGACGGUUGUUUGGCUUUGUGGGUGUGAUGAUAUUCUUGAUGGGGGUUCCUGUGUUGUACAUUGCUGAUAUUAUGGAUGUGGAAAAGUUUGAACUACCUUCCAACAACACCAUCUUGUUUAUUGUUGUACUCAAUGGCGUUCUCACUGUUGUGUCGGACUACACAUCCAUAUUAGCCAUGCUAUUGACCAGUCCCUUGGUUGUUUCCUUGACAUUGACCAGCUCCAUACCCAUUACAAUUUUCAUUGAUUACGUGGUAUUAAUCUACACUAAGGAGCCUAUAAAUACCAGUUCAGUGUACAUUUUGGGUAUACUUUGCAUCUUUGUUGCUGUUCUUCUCGUAAACGUCAAUGUUGCAUCGGAGAAUACAUUGAUUGAGGAAAUUAUUGAAGACUCGUUGGAAUCGGCAAUCCAUAAUGACGAGCUCAUGUCACCAAUAUUGUCGCCUCUUCUCGAAGAAGGCUCUCUGCAUCAACAUCAACAUCGUCGCCAUCACCAUCUCCAGCAUCCAAUCAAAUCUCCAUUCCAAAUGAUAUUCAGUCCUGAGAUGAGCACUGAUCACGAAAUCCCCAUCCCUGCUAGAGACGUCACCACAUUUAAUCUCAAUGAAAACGAUGAGAGCCCACCAACGCGUAACCUCAAUCAUGACCCGUCAAUCUACACUUCGAAACCUGAUGCGCCAACAUUGCAUGUAUCUAGUGGAAAGAAUCAUACAUACGACAUCCAUCUUGAAUAA